AUGCGCGCCAUCUGCGAGAAACACGCCCUACAGUUCGCCACUGCCCUCGCUGAGAUCGAGAUUCCUGCGCGGUCUUUUGCGAUCAAGGCGGCAGUGAACAGACGACUCACUUUGAUGUUGCCAAGGGAUCUGUAUCAAGCUCUGGAAAGGGAUACCGUCGAGCUGAGUUCACAUUUCGAUGUCCCGCCACUAAGUGAAACAAACGAAGGCAUCGUUCGCGUCAUGGUGAAGUUAGAAUAUGGCCAGUGGCGAUACGAUGGGACUCCGGUAUUGGCGGGUUUCCCCUUCUCUAGCUCUCUUCGUGAUAUCACUCUCAGUACUGCCGGACCAUCCAAACAGUAUGAAGUUGCUUCAUCACGCUUCAUGUCGGGGACAAGCGAGAUCGACGACACCCAGACAUCUGUGUUGUCUGCAGCUGUAUCUGAUCUACCAGAAGCAGGAAGCAGAAAGACUGUUCGAGGAGGCAUAUGGCCUGCUCUGAGACAAGGCAUCUCUCAAGACUGUCGAUGGAUCGAGAACCUGCAAAACUCAGCUCAACAAAGUCUAGCCACCGGACCUUCCGAAUCCUUUGCUGGCAUGUCGAGUGGCACAACAGCGACACCGGUCUUGAUCCUCCUUUGUGUUGCUUCUCCGGAACGUUCAGUUCGGCAGACCAUCGAAACUACCCAGCAAAGACUGAGCAGUGUUACAAAAAUGUUCAAUCCUUCUCCGCACUCCACCACUACAUACAAAUUCGAGGUGAAGAACUUGGAAAUAACUCCAUCAGCACCGGUAUACACUAAGCGACGACUACCUUGUAAUGAAUUGGCGCUCAAACUUCUUUCGGACAAGCUGAGAUUCGCACUGACGGAAGCUGUCAAAAAGCUCGUACUCUUCCACAGACAAUUCGUAGUGAAUCGACGGGGAAGUGAGGAAUCGUAUCGUCUCGCUUUGGAGGAACACCUCGCCGAGAAUCGGAAGAAUAUAGCUAAUCGCUGUGAUCGCGCGCUGUCGAAUGGAAACUUGAGCGAGCAUUUGUGUGUCCAACCUCAGAUAAGUGAAUUCAUCAGCAAGAAUCCCUCGAAGACCAGGACAUUCUUCGCGAUGUACACUAUCUACGAACGCAACGAAGAUCAGCAGAAAUCACCAGCGAUGUGGCAUCAAUCUCGCAAGCUGACUUUCGAGUUGGAAAUGACACCUGUGAUUACUCGCUCGGAGGUUCAAGAUAGCUCAUUGAGCUUCACGAGUCUCGCACAGCAGAACGCUGACGAAUGUGAUGAUCCGAUCGCUCUUGACACGUCCGUUCUGAUCAAGUCCGAAAACACUGAGCUCACCGGAAGCAUUGCUGGAUCGGUCGAUGUGCCCAGAUCGAACACUGCCUUUUCUGUUCACGGUUCCAUCCAGCACACUCAGUCCGUUGACCAGACCUGA